GAUCUGCUGUAUGCAUUUACUUUAACGUUUGAACCAUGCUCUUUUCGAGGCAUAAUGGUAUAUCUUUAUUUCAGAUGCUUCUGGCUUGAUGAAAUUGGAAAACUAGUUUCCGCAUCCGUGAGUACUUACCACUGAUGUGAUUCAGAACAUGUUCAAAUAAUUACACCUCUGAUAGAAAUAUUUCACUUAAUGGAAGGGUAUUACAAUAAGAUUCCUACUCGAUGUGAAGUCUGAAAACGAUAUGGGUGAUAAUAAUAAAGAUUACUAUAGCAGUUUUUUAUCAGAAGAGUAGGACGUGGUAAUUCAAAACGUGCAUUCACAUUCCAUCAUAUCACAGUUCACAUAUCUUGUUGCAAUUGCACUUCAAUCUGCAACUUCAUUUCCGAUUGAUACAACAAUCACCUUAACGCCCAUUAUGUAAUUAACACGAAUUGGAUAUAAGUUAACAGGUAUGAAGUAGAGAUGGAGAGCUGGAUUCGGGUGAUGUAUGUAUAAAGUGUUUUUUCCACAAGCGAAGACGUUCAGAAUCGUUUCGAACCAAGAUAAAAUAAAUAUAUAAUGAUAUUGUGUAAUGCCUAGGCACUUGAGCUCGAGCACUCUACGAAUUGAACAACCCCUAAAUCCAUAUACUGCCAUAUACAUGUACAUACACUGCACCCAACACUUGGGGCAUUUAUUUAGCUUAUUAGCUUAGGGCCAGUGACCCAAGCACCCCGUUAUAAUUUCUUUGAUUGGCUAGAAAUUUUCCCCACUACCUUUUUCCAUGUACUUUUAACUCCACCCUGUUUAGCUAGGUUUCUGAAGCUGAAAUCAGGAACGCUCACUUUUUUCUGAGCCACGGUACAGUAGUCGUCAACUGGACGUCGACCUUUUCUUGAAAUACCUUUAAACACUCGCCAGAUAGUAACUGACACGACAACAAUCAAAUACGUUCAAAGUAUAGCAAAACUUAAAUCAAUUUUCAGACCCGAUUAUAUGAUACAUUCAUUUCCCGCGCUUAAAUGGAAUAUUUCAAUACUCCCGGGCGAAUACGAACUGCAACCUGAUUCGCGAAUGUGGAGACGUUUCCAUUGGUGAAAUGAAAUUAACGGUUGAAUAUUCAAACAGGGAACGCCUCAUUUUAUUUGUUGUGAACAACAUCAUUCGAGUUGAUUCGCUCGAUUCAUUACGAGUUACACCAGUAGUUGCCGGCGCCGCGUUGAAAAUAGGCAUGGUUUCACGUGCACAUGGUUUCUCAAUUUUGUGGAUGAAAUAACGCAACUGAAAGUUGAUAUUGUAGCAAUAAAAGGAUUGGAACUUUCCGUGCUGAUACAGCUUAUUGCUGUACAUUUAUUAAACGAUUGGAACUCGUGUCAAAUUGUGUUUUUGCGGUAAUUCUUAAACUACCACGUUUUAGCCAUUUGCACAAACUACGAACGAGCAUGUGAAGCUGUAAACUUAUUAGCUUCACAAUGCCGCAACCCAUUUUAAAGGAUGAAAUGGGAAAAUUGCUUCUAUCUCUUCUAGUAGCAAGGAAAGAUUUGUGUACUCUCCAUGAUCUUGAGAGAGAUUACCGUGAAAAUGAGGGUCGAAACAUACCUUAUAUGGAUUACGGAGAUCUAUCAUUGUUGGAUUUUUUACGCAGCAUCCCACAAUAUAUUAAUGUCUUCUCUCAGCAUGGGGUGUAUUAUGUAAGUCCAGUAGUUACAGAAAAAAUAAAACACGUGUCUGAGCUAGUAAGCAAACAGAGACCAGGAAAAAAAGGUACACCUGUUCGACGAAGAACAAAUAGACCAUCUCGAUACUUUGCUCAGGUUAGAGAACCAAAACCGUUUAUACCUAAUACUCUACAACACAAAAUUGCUGAGAUUCUUGUCACCAAUCCAAGUGGUGUAAACAAAGACCAGAUCAUUCAAUGUUUACAAGGUUCAAGUGCAAUCCCUACUCCAGUUGAUUCUAAUAAUAUUGAUGACUAUGUACGUGGUAUGUCUUCUAUUGCACAUUCCAUUGACACUCGGAUUUAUCCAAAUAAAUCAUUGCAUCUGACCAAUAUGAGUCAACAGCAAGAUAUACCUAGUACCUCUGCCAACGGAAUAUCACCUUUGAUGGGUAGCAGUUACGUCAGACCCAAUGUUCAAGGUGGUGCAGCAGCCUAUCCUGCAGGCUAUGAAGAUGAAAAUGAUAUUUAUAGCGAAGAUGAUUUUGACGAAUUACCAGUGGAUAUUGGCAAUGAAUAUAGAGCUACUAAUACUGAUCAAUCUCAGCAGUGUGUUAUCGAUAACCACAAAACCAAAGUAUCAUCAGCAGAGUUUAUCAAGCGUGCUGGAGAGCAGCAAAAUCACUCCCAGUUUGAUACUGUUAGAAAUAUUAACACAGAAAAUUAUUGUGACAACACCAAAUUCGAGGGUGAGAGCGAUGCAAAUGAUGGAAGUGCUUAUCAUGAUUCAGAUGCCUCUCAAAUCUCAGAUGAUGAAUUUCCAAGGUACAUUAUAAACCCAAGAAUAAAGAAACGGUUGCAACAGCUAAUUCAGAAACAUCCUGAAGGGAUAUGGUGUGCAGAUCUGCUUCAAAAAUACUUGGACGAAUACAAAGUGGAGUUGGAUUACAUUGAUCUUGGAUUCAGUAGCGUCAGUGAAUUUGCUUCUAACCCAAACCUCCAAGAUAUAUUCCAUUGUGUCAGAUAUAGGCGACUAGGGGACUUCAAGCUAUACGAUGCAACAAAACCAGUACCAGAACAACUGGUGGGCCCUGAAACAGAUCCAAACUCUAGUGAUGGGGAAGGAAGAGUUGUCUAUGACAUAGAAACAGAUCCUUUUUAUCUGGCUUUGGCAUCUCAUAUUCCAAGUAGAUUAAUACCACAGGACGUUUUGAGCUAUGGAGAAAGCGUAGGCCAAGAAAGAAUACCUGAUUUUCUAGAUGCAACGCAGUAUUUGGAAGUAUUUGCUGCUGAAGUUUUUAGCCCGAGUUUAUUCUGGAUUCACCUACGAAAGAAGAAGUCUUAUUUAGACCAGCUCAUGGAUUCUUUGAAUGCCUUCUAUGAACACAAAGCUGAUUGUUACACAAUACCACAAGUCAUAUUGGAGAAAGGUCUGAAUUGCGCAUGCCAAUAUGAUGAUUUGUGGCAUCGAGCUAUAAUAAAAACUGUCAAGCCAGAUGGAGACGUUACGCUGAUUUUCUAUGAUUUCGGCACUGUGAAAACCUUCCCUCCAGAAGCUGUGAGGUUCUUGCACAGAGACUUCUCUAACUUGCCCGCACAAGCAAUACCUUGUGGCCUUUACAACGUCAAGCCACUAAAUGCUGAUGCGUGGACUAGAGGCGUGAGUUCGGAGUUUUGGGAUCUAAUACAUGAAAUUCCAUUGAUCGCAAUAGUAGCCAAGAUAGAUGAAAAGACCAAUUCGAUGCUGGUAUCGUUAGUUGAUACUCAACAAGAGGAGGAUCUACACAUCAAUGACUGGAUGGUACAAAUGAAGUUAGCAGAAUUCGGUAACAUGGGGGACGGUGUUGCCUUCGACAGUUCAUACUUGGAGGAUCGGGCUGAUCAAACAAAAGCUGCUACUGUGAUUCCAGACAAUACCACUAUUGUCGUUUCAAGAAAUACAGAUGCUGAUCCAAAUGCUACUGCAGUCUCAAAGUAUGUACCUCUCAUCUCACCACAAAGCACCAUUGAAGAAAGUUCACAAACUACAGUUAGACCCCCUCCAGGGUUCACAACACCCCCAACUCAUAAUUAUUAUGCAUCAAUUAUGGACGCAUACUCAACACAGAGAGCUGAUGGUAGUACAGGUAUGACAAGUUCAAAUUUUAUGAACCCUGGAAACUUAAAUGUGAACAAAAAUUCUUUCAUGGCAGUUGAUCAAUGCCAAUCACUCAAUUCUGCACAAGACAUAAUGCUGCAAUUCUGGAAACAGCGAUUAGAACUUGAUAUGCAGAUUGUAGCAGCUGCCGAACGAUAUUUUUUAUUGAACAAGAACUCCCAUACGCCAAAUACCAUUCCAAAUGAUUCGAGUACAAUAUCACCAAGCACAGCUACAAGUCCUAUUCCUGAUACCGCUAGUAAAAAUCCGUUCUAUCAAGAUACUGGCAAACAAGAACCUGAAAGUGUAAACGAGCCUAAGCACUCUAAUUCUGAAAAUAGUUCGUACUUUGAAAUCACGGAUGGAGAGACUUUAAGGCUCAGUAAAAUGGCCAAGUUUUGCGAAUUAAAUGAACCAUACUUUGGAUUCCAUAAACCUCCGGUAACACAACAAAAUUGUCAGGAUCUUAGUCUUAAUCCUCCAGAGACCAAUUUCACAGAUACCCCUGUUACAAACGGGAGUAAUCACAAAAAUGAGAAUUCGACCUCAAUACAAGAGCUGGAUAAGAAGAGUGAUUAUUCGACAUUCAUCAAUGACAAUAAUAGAUUUGCAGUGUCGCAGAAAUAUGAAAUGACCGAGAAACCAUUCGAGUUUAAUAGUGAUUGUGAGGACAUCAAUGCAAACCUUUCAAAGGUUGUCAAUAAUGAAUGGUCACCAGAAAAUCCAUUUCUUGAAACAAACCCCUUCAACCAGUAUCUGCAUAAAAGUAUUCAGAACACUGAGUACAAUGACAAACCGCCAAAUCUCCAAAGGAAUCCUAAUUUGAUAGAUGAAAAUUUAAAUAUUAAUAUAGAUAUCAAAAAACUUGAAGCACUGCCGGUGAAUACUAACCAGGAGGGUAAUCCUACCUCUAGAAUAUACUAUACAGCUGACCCAGUAAUGUAUAAGUCAGAGGCACAUGAAACAAGUCGAAAAAGUAGCAAACUUGAUAAAGAACCCCCUGGAUCUAAUUACUCUAUAGGUGGUCAAGGUAAAAGACAGCAUGAUACUAUGGCCGCACCACACUUUACAAAUCAUCCGUCAGAUAAUAAUCCAGUGUUCGUGUUUGGAAGAAACCAUUCUCCCAGACACAAUACAUUCUCACCAAAUGUAAACUUUCCAAUUGGCUCAGUUCAAAAUGGUGAUACUUUAAACCCAAGUACAACACUUAACGUGGCCAAUAACUCGACAGAAUUUGGACGCAAAAGUGAUCCUGUAUCUCCGCGAUUUACUGCUCCCUUGCCCUCAGAACUUUCGAAAGCUUCAAUUCAUGCGGUUCGGUCAGCCUCAGAAAUGAACUUUUGUAAUGACUUAGAAUUUGCUACAUCAAAAACGAAAGCACUAUCAACACAUGAUGCAAAACCGAAUUUAAGCACAAAUAAUGAACAGUCAUCAUUUGCAAUGGUCGAAAACGAUACUAUGUUUGGAACCACUUUGGAAUCAACACCACAAUUUCAAAGUCCAAUGCCACUGCAUAAUCCGGUUAAAAUGGAUCCAAGACCUCAAAAGUUGCAGCAGGUUCAACAAAGUGAUACGAAUGUAAAACAAAGUUCAUCAAAUCGAAAAACGAUAGUAAGACAGAUGGAAGAAAAAUCUAGAUUGGAUGAAAAGAAUAAUCCAAAUGGGAUCCGGAGCAUUGAGAACGCUUUAAAGUGGGUGAUGGAUCAUCGAAAAAUAUUCGAGACUGAAACUAAUAGUCCUGCAACAGCAGAACUUAAUGAGCAUUAUGAUUUUUGGAAGAAAAAAAAUGAUUAUGGCUCAAAGCCAAAUACGUUUAUACAAGAACGUACACUAGAUGGACUGCACACACUGAAAAAAAUUGAUGACAAUUUCAGAAUCUCUCCUCAUAAUGGUACGAUGACGAAUAAUUACAGUCAGGGGUAUUUUAAUAAUAUCAAUCACAGUAGAAAUAUAGCGCACAACAAUAGGCCACGCCUAUAUCAAUCACAGCUACACAAUAUAGCACAACAUUACCCACCCAUAAAUCCACAAAGCAAUCUUCCAUACAUAUCAACAAAUCCACAAUACAUUCAACAUCCAUAUCCAAACCAGAGGAUGCCAUUUCCCAGGCCCUACUCACCUAGCUGUUAUUUUCCACAGCCACCACCGAACUUCCCCAGUUUCCCAUUUUCUAAACCUAGACCUUUAUACCCAUAUCCUAGAGUUCCCUAUCCAUUUCUGCAAAACCCAACUCUUUGGUGUUUCAAUAAUCCACAGAACUUUGCAUCCAACCAAACCUCUAACACACAAACGUUAAUACCUAAUCUAAAACCAAGUUCUCAGAUUCGAUAUAGUAGUAAUAAUGAAUCGUCUGGACAAACGCUGGGAACUUCUGAUCUUCUGAAAGAUCAUCGAAUUUCAGGAAGUGCAUUUGGACAAGUAGACACUGCAGAGUUACAGACUGCCUCAGUUACAGAUAACAAAAUUACCGUACAAAAUGAGAUUGAAUCAUAUACAGGUGGAAGUAGUGGUCCUAGUCAACAACUUCUACUUGAGGACAAAUGUACUCCACCAUUUACACCAAUACAUAAUAUAGAUGAAUCUACAGAUUGUGACCCCAAAAAUCUUCUUGAAAAACCUAUCAGCGGUACACCCAACGUUUUCAAACAAAUUGAUGUUAAUGGAGUAACGAUGUAUUUAUUCAAUAUUGCAAAGGAAGGUUGGGUUUGCACCGACGAACUUGUCAAACUGUUUACAAUUCAUGACAAUCGUCAAGUUGUCCUAUGCAUACUGAAUCAGCUCGACCUGAAGAUUAAUUUCAAUGAAAUUACCAGAGCACAGUUUCCAGAUUUAUUCUCCCAACUGGACUGUACUUCUCUACAUGUAACCAGAAUGGCCAAUUCCAAUAAGAUUAAAGGCACAUUGCAUCUCACACCAUUGAAGUCGGUUAUACGGUUGAUGAGAAUAUUGGAAGUGAUUUCUGCAGAAGAAUUGUCCCUUUUAUCUCAAAAACGACGCAUAGCUCCUGGUUCCAGACUAUUCGAAUUAGUGAGAUUAGUUAGCGCUUACAAACCCGAUGACGAUUAUUGGAUGUCAUGAAAUCUAAUCAAGUUGGCUGAAUGUUAAUUUACCAGCUGGUUUUUAUCCAAGAAAAGACUAACAUAUCUCAGUAUAAAGUUACGAAACCGAAUAUUACGUGAUACCAAACUAUAAAAGAGUAUUUUCAAACUCUAAGAUCGAGCCAAUUAUUAUUUUUUAAGAGUGAAAAAAAUUACUCUUUAUUUCAUAUAUUUUAUGCUAAACGAAAAAGAUACAUCUUAGGUUCCUAAAUGGAUAAGAAUCUAAAAAACAUUGCCUCAUCGUGAUCAUUAUCAGUAUUUAUCAUGAGAGGUGAAUAUUCAUCAUAAAAGUUAUUUCUUUAAUUAUAAUGAAGGAUUCUUCGAAAAAUGUGAUAAUACCACGUACAAUCUAGCUUUAGCAGAUCGUUUCAUAUUCCUUUCAAUAAGUUCCUAAUGAAAAAAGCUAUUAAUAGAUUGUUUAUAAACCAUUUGACAAUUAAAACAUUUUAUUUGAAUAGAACUAUUUGAAACAAGCUUAUUAUUACUAUUGAAAUCAUCAGAUAAUAUAUUAUCUAAUGUACAUUGAAUCAAAAAAAGGCUGUUAUUUGAUCAACUGUAGACAAAAACAAAAAGAUAGUCAUGACACACAGCAAUUUAGCUGUAUAAAUCUUAUGUGAUUCUUUAUCUUAAUCUGGCGAUUAUAUCUCAUUAUGUUUAAUAAUUUGACGAAAAAAAAUGCACGAUGUCUGAGCCACUGCGCAAUGAGUCGUGUAAAAGUGAAGAAGCAAGAUCUGAACCCACCAAACAUCAACGAACUUUGGUUCAGGGUUUGAUGACAACCGUUACCAUGUAUGUUAUACAAUUUUUUACAUUCGUUGAAAGGCUCUUUUCUCGCAACAGUAAUUAUGUUAUUAUUACUUUGAUGAGUUUAUAAAGAAUAGAAUAAAACCUACGACUAUCUGAAUGUUAAUCCUGGAAGACAUACUCAUCUUAAUAAUUAUUACAAUCACGAUGAGGUGUAUUCAAGGGUCAUCAUCCUGAAAUAAAUUCUAGUUUAAGCUAUUUGUAUGAAAUUUUGGAAAAAUAUAUUCACUGUUGACUUAUGAAAGUA